AUGAUUCAUAUACGUCCAGCUACCCCCAAUGACCUCCCCUUCAUCGCAGACAUCGCCGCCCAGGCAAUGCUCCACGACGAACUCUUCAUCCACCUCUGCCCCCACCGUCACACCUACUAUGCCGACUUCCGUACUGCCUUCCUCCGUCGCCUGAAAAUACGCCUAUAUACCCCGGGCUAUGUUAUGCUAGUUGCCGUCGAGUCGAAGUCAGAGUCGGAGUCGGGGGACCACGGGGCCAGGGACAGGGACAGGGACGAGCGCGUGCGCGGUUACGCAGUGUGGAGCAGACGCGGGGAUACUCCGACCGCCACACAAUGGCAGAAGAAUGGGCACGGGGAUGGCUGGUGGAACGACCAGUAUAUCCAGGCCUGUGCGACGGGCUAUGAUUUUGCCGCUUUCCCCGAGCUCUGGUUCCUGGCCACUGUUGCGGUGGAUCCCCGGCAUCAACGUCGCGGGUUCGGUCGGAGCUUAGUGCAGUGGGGUCUGGAUCGGGCGAACGAGGAGCGGAUUCCCGUUGGUCUCGAUGCUAGUCGUCAGGGUCUGGCCCUUUAUGAGGAUAUGGGGUUUCGCACGGUUGCAAUGGCUGAAGUUGUUCCUGGAUUGGAAGUGACGGCCAUGUUAUGGGAGCCUGCAGAUAUUCCUGCUUAA